UCAGUGCAUAACUGCCUAGUUGUACAUAGAGUACAUAGUUAAUGAGAGACUGGGUUGCUUAGUCAGUUAGUCAGUGUGUAUGACUUAGGUCCUAAGUCAUUCAGUCAGCAUGCAGAGCAACAUCUACAGGCAGCAGAAUGAGCACUUUGAAGUCUUUACUACUGUCCUCUCCCCACAAGUUCACCGGGGACGAUGCCAAUUCAGACAGGCAGAGGCUGACCAGAUGGUGGUAAAGCGCAGCUACAAGCCCCACUGGCCAGAUGAGCUGGCGCUGACCCGGGGCGAGUUCAUCCUGGUUCUGUGUAAAGAUGAUGAGGCCCGGUGGUUUGGGCGGCUGCAAAACGGACAGCAGGGAUAUUUCCCGGCCUCGCAUGUUGUGGAGCUGAGCCACCAGGACGAUGAGCCAGCUAAAGACGUCCACCGCUUAGCGAGACGGGGUUCAGCUCCGGCCACGUAUGCAGGUGGUACUGGCGCACUCAGGCUGCAGGCCCUCCGCAGAGCCAGCAGAGCAGCGGCAGGAGGGGGGCCUGAGGGGGCCGAGGGGGAGAGAGAGGGCCCCAUCCUGAUACUGAAGUCCCAGAUCUCUCUCCCUAACAGGCUGCCCCAGCCCCUGCCCCAACCCCAGCCACAGGCACACAGCUCCCCAAGCUUCCUCCACAGGAUCCUAUCCAAGCACCGUCGGAGGAGUGAUUGUCAUGGGUCCAGCAACACGGGCUACAUGGCGGACUAAGAUGCUACGAUGGACGGUGGUGUGUGGGGAGAGAAACAGGCACAAGAGGGGAAAGGAGGGAGGAGAGAGGAGGAGAUUGGGUAUAGUGAAAAGUGACUACAUUUUGUGCCCACCCCCAAUGGGGCCAGGUAGGGUUGCCAUAGUUACAUCACUAAUGCUAGUCUAUGACUGAACUGCUGGCUGCAUCAUUGGAGAGCUGGAGUGAGGGUAACUACUUCCCUGCCUCCUCUGUAAAGUGUUUAGGAAAUAUCAAUGGUGAACCGUAUAUACAUUUUCCGGGAUUAAGAUGUGACAUUAAGCAAGCCGUAAAUUGAAGGGUUGAAUAGCGGGAUCAGAUUUAUGACUAUAUUUUAUGAAGCUAACUGUGUUUACUUCAGCCAAAUAAUGUUCCAUGAGUCUACUUGAGCUUUCUGUUCCAUGAGUCUGCCUGAGCUUUCUGUUCCAUGAGUCUGCCUGAGCUUUCUGUUCCAUGUUGUCAUCCAUAUUAGGCUGUAUUCUCUGCAACUACGACGUCCAGAGCAGCACUAAAUCAUUGAUAUAUUUCCUUUUGACUAUAAAUUGUUCAAUUUAAUUUGUGUUAAACCCAACAUCAGCCAAGAAUGUAUUUUUCAUAAAAAAUAAUCAAACCCGUACUUGCGGCUGAUAUCCCUUAAUUCUAGUUAGUAACAUAUUCCACUACAGCACGUACCACGGAAAGACUCUUCCAUUCAACGGAGCUGAAAAAAGCCCUGCGAAGUGAGAGGAUGUGUGAUUGAGGCGUGUUGAAAGGCACUGCCAAAGGAAAUGGCAUCAUUAUUGUGAAGGUUGCCCAGGCAAUGGUAAAACAGCGCUCUCUCUCUGGGCUCCACACAGUCUUCAGUGGUACCUCCCAGCAUGGCCACGACUGGAGUACGCUGUAGAAUGUAUCCUUUGAAAGGGCAACGCUGUAGAAUGUAUCCUUUGAAAGGGCAACGCUGUAGAAUGUAUCCUUUGAAAGGGCAACGCUGUAGAAUGUAUCCUUUGAAAGGGCAACGCUGUAGAAUGUAUCCUUUGAAAGGACUAAAGCUCCAACUCUCUAAUCCUAAUCCUAACCUUGACCUCUAUUAGAUUUAGACACCACAUCCACCAGCCCAGUGAUGUGUCCAUUGAUAAACUUAGAUCAGAUCUAUUCUAACAAGGACCAUAUAUGUGGGAUUAUGGCACUAGCAAGCAGUAAUGCGAACUAUGGGGAAUGCUGGUUAAAAAGGUAAGCGUUUAAAAAAAAAACACCAAACCCAAAAGCCGUUCUGUAAUUUAUGACAAGUUGCAUGGUCAGUCUGAACCUCUGUGUUGUUGAGAUGAAAGCAGAAAUAGUGUCUGAACAGUUUUCCAACAUCUUGGUGUUCCCUCGCACAUCUUCCUGAUUUCUUAGUCUGUGAUAUAGGAUGUUUGAUGCUGGAGUCCUGGCCGCCACAGCCAUCUGCUGAGAAAGGCUUAGCGCCUCUGAGAGAGGAGCAGCUUUCCCCCUCUGACUGGCCUCUCCUCUCUCUACUCUCCUUCAUCCAUUCAAUCAGUGCUUUAAUUAUCUCUAAUCCAGGGUCAAACUCUGCCUCUCUCUAACUCCUGGAAUAAAGCCUUGCUAUGUGGAUUAUUGUGGUUGACAUCCAGUGGGAACAGUGACAGCUACACACAGUGACAGAGGCCCUACUCUCAU